GAAUAGGUUUUUGAUUCAAUUUCGAUUCAAUGAAGAAUUGGUGGGAUGAAGGGUUGGUUUAUCAAAGCGAUCCAGAUGACCCCGAUUUCGAUCCUCCAGACAGUGCUCUCGAAGCCGACGGUGGAAGCGAUAGCAGUGAAAGCGGAGUUGAGGGCGAUUGUGAGAGUGACAGAGAGAAUGAUGACAGAGAGAAUGAUGGAGACGACGACAGAGCCGAUGGAGAAGAUGACAAAGCCGCUGGCGAAGACGACGAAGGUGAUGGAGAAGAUGACAGAGCCGAUGACGGAGCUGAAAGCAGUAAGAAGAGGAAGAGGGGAAAAGAGAAGAAGGAUGUGCCAGAAGAUGAUUUGGCCGAGAGGUUUGGGUUCGAGAUAGAGGAAGCAGUAGCUAAUUGGUUUGAUGAGUUUCAGAUUCGAAGGAAUCAAAUUCCAGAAGAUGAAAAUGAAGAUGAAGAUCCUGUGAUCACUAGAGAUAGGAAAAUUAGGUUAGCUUCGGAUGAUAAGUUAGCUAUAGGCAGAACAUUCUUCACUGGUUUUGAGUUUAAAGAGACGGUGUUGCAUUAUGCAAUGAAGCAUAGGAUAAAUGCUAAACAAAGUAGGUGGGAGAAGGAUAAAAUUAGCUUUAGGUGUGCACAAAGAAAGGAGUGUGAAUGGUAUAUCUAUGCCUCAUAUGAUAAUGAGAGGCAGUUGUGGGUUGUAAAGACCAAAUGCUUGGAUCAUGUGUGUACCUCUAAUGGAAAAUGCAAGCUGCUGAAGAGGAGAGUGGUUGGGAGAUUGUUUAUGGAUAAACUAAGUUUGCAGCCUAAUUUCAUGCCUCUUGACAUUCAGAGGCAUAUCAAGGAGCAAUGGAAGCUGGUUAGUACUAUAGGACAAGUGCAAGAUGGAAGACUACUAGCUCUGAAGUGGCUGAAAGAAGAAUAUGCUCAACAGUUUGCUCAGCUCCGAGGAUAUGUGGCAGAAAUCAUGACUUCAAACCCACGAUCAACUGCAAUUGUUGAUACCAUUCCUUAUGCCACAUGGAAUGAUGUCUUUAACCGGAUAUAUGUAUGUCUUGGAGCAAUGAAGAAUGCAUUCUACUACUGUAGGCCACUCAUUGGGAUAGAUGGAACAUUUUUGAAGCAUGCGGUUAAAGGAUGUCUGUUCACUGCUAUUGCUCAUGAUGCUAACAACCAAAUUUAUCCAGUGGCUUGGGCAACUGUUCAGUCUGAGAAUGCAGACAAUUGGUUCUGGUUUUUGAAUCAGCUCAAGCAUGACUUGAACCUAAAGGAUGGCAGUGGCUAUGUGGUCAUAUCAGAUCGUUGCAAGGUAUGUAUUCUCUUAUGUGUCAUUGUUUUAUUAUGUGUAGAUGAUAGUGCUUUAUAGGUGCUAAUGUGUAAUAAUUAUUUGUUUAGAUUUUCCUCAAAAUAAACUUCACAAUACAUU